UUAUUUGUUAGAAUUUGGACGGUAUGUUAUAGGUCUCAAAACCCUCUUGCUUUCAUUAAUUAUUUUUUAAAGGUUAAAUUCAUUACCUCUAUUAACCUCACACCUCCUCGUUGCUAAAAGGACUAAAUCAUUGCCAUUUUUUUUACUUAAUACAGAACAAAUAGUUUCUAAUAAAGCGACAAAAUGUCCCCAGCCAAGGGGUCUCGUCUUGAGAAUUCUUGGAUUAAAAGGCCAACAAAUUCUUCAUCGCGUGUCACAAACUUUCCACGGAAGAGAGUUAUUGAUGAGUUAAGCCAUCAAAAUGUAAUGAAUCAAGUAGGGUUGUCCACAAACUGGCGUAAACAUCCCAAAAUCAUAUACAGCCGCAAAUGGAUAAGAAAUGAAAUUUCAAAAAUGAUCAGGGGUUUUCCAAUUGAUAAUAAGCGACUUGCACCUAUCCUGGAAUACUUUCUAUAUUUAUCCGCUACUUCAAAGGAGGAUUAUAUGAACAAUGUAACGUUGAAUCAGCGUGUGCAACUUCUACUGGAUGCUGGUAUCGCUGAUUAUAAUGGCAUGCCAAAAGAGGGACCAUCUACCUUUCUACUGUUCAUGAGCAGCUGCCUUGUUUGCGUGACGGUGGUUCAUCAAUCCCGACAUUUGCUGAUAAGAAUGUUCUCUGUAACAACCCUGUUUCAGGCGGUGGAAGCUAUUUUCCUCAGCAACAUGCAAAUAAUUUGGACAUAGAUAUGACAAGAUACAGUGGAAAUAUAGGGACUAUUCAGAAUAAUAAUUCUAUAAGUUUUCCUACAACAAAAGGAAAAUUCGUCCAAUCUGAAAAUUUAAAUAUGAAGUUACCUCAAAUUGUCUCGGCAAAUAUUUCAGAACAUUCCAAUCGUUUUCCUCAGCAACAUGCAAAUAAUUUGAACAUGGAUAUGACAAGAUACAGUGGAAGUAUGGGGAAUAUCCAGAAUAAUGAUUCUAUAAGUUUUCCUACAACGAUGGGAAAAUCCCUCAAAUCUGAAGAUUUGAAUAUGAAGUUACCUCAACUUGUCUCGAUGGAUAUUUUGGAACAUUCUAAUCUUUUAUCUCAGCAACAUGCAAAUAAUGUAUGUUUAGAUAGAUUGUGAUAUCUUCCAAAGUUUUAAUCCUCAUUUGUACAAUAUUGAUUUAAUCUUUACAAAAAUCGAUUUGAUCUAUUCUCCUUAAUACAGAA